UCAGGCAGCUCGGUAGACAGGAGAGACACGUUUGUCCUUUUUCAUUCCCGCUGAGCCAUCCCAAGCAAUCCAGCAUUCAUCCAGAAUCCUCCGAUGGACAUGAAGAUCAACUCCUCGGAGCAGCUAAGUCCCUGGCAGAACGGCAGCACAUGGCCACCCAUCAGAUCUUCAGGCAUAGGGAUGUCCUGCCUCAUUAUGACAUUUGGUGCCAUCUCCAACCUCACCGCUCUUUGCAUCCUGGCAAGGUCCCGCAUCCGAUUCCGCCGCCAAUCGAAAGCGCCGUUCCUGCUGUUGACGAUGGCUUUGCUAGCCGCUAACCUGGGAGGUCAUGUGAUCCCAGGGGCCUUUGCUGUGUAUUUACACAUGGAUCAGCAGUAUAAGAUGCAAGCCCAGAAGCCCACCACUUUCUGUCAAGUCUUUGGGGCGAGUAUGGUGUUUUUUGGCUUGUGCCCUUUGCUGUUUGGUGGUGCGAUGGCAGUGGAGCGCUGCAUGGCCAUCACCCAGCCAUUUUUCCACGCUGCUGUGAUUACAGUGACUCAUGUACGACUUGUUGUGUUUUUUCUGUCUUCUCUUGCAUUCAUACUGGCAGUUCUACCUUUUUUUGCCAUAGGGACUUACUCUACCCAGUUUCCUGGCACAUGGUGUUUCUUACCCAUCCAUCAACCCCAAUCUACACCUGACACCUAUUUGGCUUUGUCUUUCUCAUGUCUGGGCCUCGCGGCGCUCACUCUUUCCCUACUCUGCAACAUCCUGAGUGGUGUGGCAUUGCUGCGGGCCAGAAUCAAGCCCCGCAAUACGAAUAUGAAAUCAACAGGUCGCUGCACACGUCGUCCAUCUUCCGCAUCAACUUCCUCCUUCUUCUGCACAUUGGACGUAGAGAUGAUGGCUCAACUGGCGGUGCUCACUGUGGUUUCCUGUGUGUGCUGGAUUCCCUUUCUUGUCCGCAUUCUUGUGAUGCAGAUCAACCAAAGCCCCAGGCCAUUCGACAAUGAUCAAGAUGGAUUCACUCUCCUGGGUUUACGUAUGGCUUCCUUGAAUCAGAUCUUGGACCCUUGGGUUUACAUCUUGCUGAGGAGAGCGGUGCUUUUCAGAAUUUGUUGUUUCUACACGCAGAGACCGCUAGAGACGGCCAAUAGUUCCUAUGCAGACGGACGCAGGCUAACCUUCAGUCUAAAAUGACCAUGUUGCUCCUCAUAUGAGAAAGGAAAUAAAUACUUUAUUUUAUAUGUGUGAAAAAUGGGAGAACUUUGCUGUGUUAUUGGUACCUGGGUUUGAUGGAUUCCACAUCGUAGGGUGGCCUUGAAAAGCAAACUAUGACAAAUGGGGAAUCACAACGGCAAAUAAACAUCAUGAAGGUUGUCUUCUUCUUCUUUUUCUUCUUCUGAU